CGUCAGAUGGGGUUGGUCGCAACGGACACGCGGUCGUCGAGACAGACAGCGUCGCGACGCUGACACAGUUGUCGCGAGGAGCUCGAGGGCGAUGCGAGUCUCGUCCCUUCGAUCUCAUUGACGAGGCCGCUGCUCUGUCUCGGCUGCCCACCCAUGGACGGGCUCUGGGCCAUCAUGCCGCUCGACUUCCUCGAAUCCGCUCUCUGCGUGCCCCAGUUUUGCUGCGGCGCCCUAUUCGGCCUCGGAUUCUGCGCUUAUUACUUCUUCGAGGUGGUGAAGAUACCAAUAUUCGUUUGUGCAAAAGGUCCAUUUAGUGACUUUUUAUCGGCAAAUCUACCGAUUCUUAAAAGCAAAUUCUGGCCGACAUUAUGGUGUUUCGAAUCUCGGGCACAAACAAUAUUCGCAAGUGUUAUACGUGCACGAAUAUUACCACAUGUGAAAUAUCGAAGGGAAAUAUUAACUUUGUCGGAUGGUGGCGAAGUGGCUUUAGACUGGGCAGAAGAAAAUUCAAAUGCAAUGUCGCCAAUCGUUAUUAUUUUACCUGGUCUAACAGGUGCCAGUCAAGCCGAAUAUAUUAAAUGCCUUGUGUACGGGGCCAAAAAUUCGGGCAUGAAAUGUGUGAUAUUUAAUUACAGAGGCAUGGGUGGCGUAAAAAUUAAGACACCAAAGUUAUAUUGUGCAUCCAGUUGCGAAGAUCUUGCAGAGGUUAUCGAUCAUGUAAAAAAACUCAAUCCGCACAUUUCUGUAGCAGCGACGGGGAUAUCUAUGGGAGGGUUAUUGCUCGGAAACUACUUGGCACAAUAUGGCAGAAAUGCGAUUGGAAAGCUAAAAGCAGCCUUGAUUAUAUCAGUACCGAUGAAUAUUUUUGAGGCAACCAAAAGCAUUGAAAAGCCAUUUUUAAACCUAAUGUUGAAUAAAUAUCUCUGUGAUAAUUUGCAAAGAAUAUUAAAAAGCCAUGUUGUCGAUAAGGUCUUCCCUGAAUUAGACUUAAAGGAAGUGUAUAAGAGUAAAACUGUCCGAGAAUUCGAUGAAAAUUUCACAUCACGUCACUUUGGCUAUAGAGAUGCAUAUCAUUAUUAUUCUAAAGCAACACUUCAUAAUAAAUUGCAUCUUGUCGAAGUACCUUUACUCUGCCUAAGCGCCGCGGACGAUCCAUUUCAACCUUUGCAAGCCAUACCGCUCAAAGAAGUCAGUGCAUCGAAGAAUGUCGCUAUGAUCGUGACGUCAAGAGGCGGUCAUAUUGGAUUUUUAGAAGGUUUUUGGCCCUUAAAAGAGGAACAAUACAUAGGCAAAAUUUUUUCCCAAUACUUCACGGCAGUAUUUACAGUAGGAAAGGACCAUCCAGCCUUUUAAGUCAACCAACUCUCUAUAAUUAUUAAUAUACGGAAACUUUGAUAAUAACGUAACGAAGGCAUUCAUCUAGUCUUAUCACAAAUUUUAUAACUGCUAUUGCGCAUUAAAUUUUUUAUGGCGGCACAACUGCUCCACUGUCUAAAUGAUGUUUCACAAAUCCCACGAAUGAACAUCCAACUAUAUAAUCUCAACUUACCAUUUUAAUUCAAAUAUUUUUGAUUGAUUUAUAAAUACAUUUAUUUUAGACUAUGAGAUUUAGAUAAAAUUUAAUAUAAUUACAUAAGUUUCAUAAUCGAUAGUGAUAUUGUCAUUGUA